AUGCUGAGUAAAUACCACUCGGCGCGCUGGAUCGACCAACGGGUGCUACAGGACCGGAUCAGUGACGCUUUGUCUGAGCCCUGCGAGGAGCUCGAGAAGUUCUCGGGGCCAAGUUUCUCAGAAGUUUCACGUCGGUCUACUCGUGAUCCGGGCUUAGGUAGGCAUCACGCGACGCUCAUCGCCACGAUGGCAAGUGGCACGAAGAGAUUUGUCAGAGUUCACUAUCUAGUCAUAAAGGAGGAAGGAUACCUAUACGGUGCUUCUCACACCCUUAAGAUGUCCUCUGAAAUAGCCACAAUGAUGUUUGUCCGGCGAAACACUCGAAUACCCGUACCGGACGUAUUUGCCUAUGACCCUGACGAAGACGGUGCCGUGGGCGGCGAGUGGAUGGUCACAGAAUAUAUUGAUGGCGUGCCACUGGACAACCUUUGGCCCGGAAUGACCAGGAGAGAACGCCGUCGCGCCGUCCUCUCUAUGGCGCAUAUCUUCGCUCAGCUCCUGAGGCUUCGGUUCGAUCAUAUUGGCAGCUUGUAUGAAUCUGAUGACGACGGGCACUUCGAAGUCGGCCCCAUGGCCUUCCUCCCAUCCCACGAGAAGAAGGUUCCCCCGAAUGAGCACAUGUGUGGACGCUUUCACUCGCCACGGGAGUGGCUGCUGGCUCUUGCACGAGGUGAUCUGGAUUACCGACCAAGUGGCGACCUGUGGGCUCCAGUCAAACACACCAAGGAGAUUGUACAGAAGAUAGCCUCCGACCCAUUUAUCCGCGAUGGGACUUCGGACCCAAUGUGUGCAAUCGCUCUGCAGCACAUCGAUUUCAACAUUUUCAAUAUCAUGGUUGACCCCGACGACUCUGCGGUCAUUCGCGGCGUUAUCGAUUGGGAGGGGGCUAGGACCGUCCCUCUUUAUGCCAUUCAGCCGGUGUUCUUCGUCGAUUGGGACGGCGAACAAACGCUGAUGAGUGAAGAGGAAGAGAGAGCGUAUCAGUGGAUGGCUCGUGUGACGAUAGCGAAGAAAGUUCCCAGUUGGUUCGAGGCGACAGGAGAUCCUGGGACUCCGUUACGGAAAUUGCUGAUGCUCGCUUCGCAUGGAGACUUGGAGGAAUUCGAUUAUCGGGACGCCUUGCAUCAAGGUCGUGCACCGCCAGAGGAUUCACAUCUGGAUCUUUCGGCUUCUGAGGAUGAAACUGCAGUCUCUGGCGAAGAUUUCUUUACUUCUAGUAUGUUCACAGUGGUCUUCUGUCGUGAAACCUCCAGCGUUCUGGCAGAUUUCAAGCCAAGAGAUUAUGCCUCCACUGAACGUCGAUUGCGGAUCUCCUCCGACUGUCCAGGAUUUCUGGAUGACGAUUAUAUCCAACGCAAUGGUGGUUGGGUCGUCGUAUCGCAUCCGUUGCAAAGCUGUUUGCCACCCUUGAAGGUCUGGUUCUUGAACAGAAGGGCUUCUUGUCCUGAUAGGUUACCCCCUUCGGUGCGUUUUAACCUUAUUCCCAGGGAGGAUCCGGUUGAGAAGUACUUUCCCGGCUUGCAAUAUCAGCUCGAAGGUUUCGACCCCAAAUUCAAGUCCCAACCGUCUUCUUUGACACUGUUUCAGCUAGCCACCCAUAUGUCAGGACUAGGGAGAGACUGGCCGGGAAGUCUCCGAGGAGGUGGUCCUCCCCCGACUAAUGGGCACCGUUUUCCCUCCCACGAAGCUCUGUUCGAAGAAAUCAAGACUAUCAAGCCAGUCUCGCCUCCAUGGACAUACCCUUCGUAUUCCAACACUGGAAUCGGCCUGUUAAGGCUUUCAUUGGUCCAAGCGAAUCGAGUCGCCAGCAAGCUUGAGAAGGAGCCUGCAACGUAUGCGGAGCUUCUCAAGCGCGAUAUAUUCGACCCGCUUGGCAUGAAUCACAGCCAUUUCCUUGCGACGGAGCAUAACAAACGGAUCAUAACAAACGGAUCAUUGCAGUUCCUUCGAUCGCUCCCGAAGUUGUUCUUGCUGAGAAGGCACACUCCUGAUAACUGGCUCCGUCCGGUGCACGACUUUGAAGAGUAUGAUUGGACCCAGACUCGGGAUUCAUACGGACGGACACGGAAGAUAUACUGGAAAUUGGGAGCUAUGGACGGUUAUCAUUCUGCUUUAGCUAUUCAUCCCGGCACAAGCUUCGGUAUCGUCGUUCUCAUGGCUGGCCGCUACCCCGAUGCUGCACAGCUAGCGUAUGAUGCCUUUGAGAUUAUGCAGCCGGGUAUAGAUAAGGCACUCACCGACUUGGCAAGCGCCCUCUAUGUCAGUAUAUGGUUGAGUCAAGGUAGAAAUAGCGGUGCCAUCAUUACGGUGCAGAAGGGGACCUUGGACAUGGAGCAUCUGACUCUGAACGGAACCGACACUUUCGCCACCCUGCACGUAUCACGCAGACCGACUCUCCAAUCGAGCCAACCGCGGGAUGAAUUCAGAUUGGACGGAUUCUACAACGGGAAGAAACAUAUGGGCUGUUACCCUUAUUGGAACGUUCAGGACAACUGGGCCAUGCGAAACGUUGCUCCCAGCAAUUUUUUAACUUCACUGGAGAGGGAUAGCAACGGCUCUCCAUCUUUCGACCCUGUUCAGCCACAGCGCCACACUCCACGUGCGACUCCCAUCAAGGGAAGGAAUAUGGCCGGUGACAUCAUCGCACGUCAACUCCAAUCUCUCCAGGAUGUGAUCCCAGUUUCCUCACACCGAACCAAAUAUUUCAUCAUGUCUGGCGUCAAAGGAGUCACCGGCACGCAGUCCCCCCCGCUCGAAGCCACGGGCGAGAACCGUCCGAUGGGCGUGUCGAGCGUCGAGCAGAGCUCAGGCGAGGGCGUGAAUGCCGUGAGCGACUCGGAGCAGCGCGGAGCAUACUUCAAGGAGGGCGAUAAGGAGCGGACGCAGGCGGAGGGCCAUGGGGUUUCGGCUGAGAAGAAGACGUCGUGA